AUGGCUUCCAGAGACUCUCCUGGCUCCCCCCUUUCCUCUAUUGGCACUGCUGAUGAAUCGGAUCACGAAUCCGUUAAGCAUGAGAGUCGCGCGCACUCGCCAUCAACUGCUAACAUGCCUCCCUCGAAGCGCCGCCGCACAGGUGUAACCUCCUGGGACCGCCAGACACCUCUUUCCUCAGCCCAGGAUCCCCAAGACGAGGUGCCUCCGCCACCUUCCCCGACAGGCUCGAUCUCCUCUGAUAGCUCCGGCGAAAUCCCGAACUCACCCAGUGUCCUCGCGAUACUAGGAGACGAGGACUAUAGUGGGUGGUGUUAUGACCAAGUAACCGUGUGCCGAUGGGAGGGUUGUAGCGCCGGGGACCUGGGGAACAUGGAUGGGUUGGUGCAGCACAUUCAUAACGAACACAUCGGGACCCGGCAGAAGCGGUACUCAUGCGAGUGGUCUGACUGCACCCGCAAAGGACAAACGCACGCCAGCGCCUACGCUUUACGCGCCCACAUGAGAAGCCACACUCGAGAAAAACCCUUCUAUUGUAUCCUGCCAGAGUGCGACCGCAACUUCACCCGCUCUGACGCCCUGACCAAACAUAUGCGCUCCGUUCACGAUAUCGACUCUCUGCGCCCGGCCGAUCUGAGCUCCAGGAUCGCCGGCACCCCCGCGUCCAAGCCGCCACGCAUCCGCCUGAAGCUGUCGCAGCCAGCCAAGGAACCCGGCAUGGAACCAGACCAGGCGGGCGAGUCGGAUGCUCCUCCCAUAACCACCGCUGCGGAUACUUCUGACCUCGACGACAUGACCAUGCCCGAGCUCGGCCCGGAGCUAGGCUUCGACGAGUACGAGCUUUCCUUGCCUCCGCGAGAGCUUUACCGUCUCCUCCAACGCCAGGUCUUCUGGGCCGAGCAAGAGUCCGCCAAGCUGCAGGCCGAGUGGGAGGAGAUCCGCCCGAAGCGCGAACGCGCCUGGGUCGAGAAGGAAGCCAUCCUGGAUGACCUCAUCGAUGCCGAGCUGCGGCUCUUCAGCACCAUGGUCGGCUCCACAGAAAUCAUUGCCCCGCCUGCCCCUGCCAACCUCUCAUCCAACUUGGAAAAGCUCCAACACCAGCAGCGCCUGUUCCAGUUGCAGCAGGAGCAGCUGCAGGCCAAGUCUGCUGAGGCUGCUCAAGUCGAUGGCGAUGACGGUGCCUAG